AUGAUCACAUCAGAUACAUUGGACCAAUGCUUACAGCAGAGGCUGACACAUGGUAAUGAUAGGUUCUACUCACUUACACCUCAGCUCUGUGUAGACAAGGCAUAUCCAUUUAAACAACAAAACAGGGUGGUUAUGUUACUGUCCGAUGGUCAACACUAUGUUCCAGCGAUAUUCAAUGAAGGAGGCAUAGAUGGUGAUGGACUUCAACUUCUGAUAGAGUAUGAGAUGGCUCAACACAAUAAACCAAAGAUGUCAAUCAAUGUCAGACUGCAGAAGUUCAAGUUCACGAUCAAAGGAUACUUCGUGGUCUAUGAGUUGGAUAUCGUUGGACAGGUCACCUUUUGUGAAGCAGCACCAGCCAUUCAUCCAAUUGCCCAACCGCGUCAAAGUGACAGGUUGGUGGUUGGGUCCAAUACAACAAAGAUAGCGGUUGGUUGUAAUAAUGGACCACUAUACAACGUCGUGGAGGAGAUGACCGUUUACCUCAAUUAUGAUUGUGGUUGCCAAGAGCUGAUAGAUGCGCUGUCUGUGGCACUGGCAGCAUCAUCACAAUCACUCGAUCAACACUACUUCAUCAAUGCCUUCUUGCCACUCAUUUCCAAGAUGCUUGGCAAUCAAUAUACUGUUGAACGCUGUAAAUCAAAUGGAGUGUAUGAUUUGGUAAGCAAGUUGUUGAACAGGAAUGUAUCACAAGAUCAUGCACUAUCACAUCUGGACUCCGCCCUUGAGGAACGACAUUGGUCAUACAUGGUGUUGGUCGAUCAAUCAUUCCUCAACACAUUGUUGACACCUCUGCGCGCCACACACGAUCAAGAGCGAAUCGAUCAUCUCUUUGAACAAUACAUCAACUUGAUGAUUAACUAUAUUCAUCUUGACAACAAUGGUUAUGACAAUAUUGUUCAAGCAUUUUGUGAUGAACAUCAAGGACAAAGACGUGGCAUGAUCAAUGAUCGACUCAAUCGAUGGUUCUUCUCGCCUUCGACGUCCAAAGACAUCAAGCUCAGAUAUCUUGGACUCAAAGAAAGAAUAGUACCUCCAGUCCACCUUGUACCCCACAAGCAAGAACUCUUUGACCUCAUGGUGUCCUCGGUAGACGAUUAUCAACAUGAUCGGAAAAAUGUCUUCAUCCCCACUCUUCUGAAGUUGGGUAAUGAAGUGAUUGAUGAGGAUAGGAAUCAACAAUUGAUGAUUGACAUGUUGUUCAAUCAGCACAAUAUCAACAGACGAUUCUCAUUGUUCAAUCCAUUCAUCCGAUCAUUCCAAUCCUGUUUCGAUCAUUGUUUACAAAAUCUUGACAAUUUCAAUAAGAGUAUACUGAUCAAGAGGCUUGGCCUCGAGUAUCCAAAAUUGACUACCUUGCCAAGAAACAGGAUAUCCUGUGCCUUCAAGGCAUCGCUCAUUGUCUGA